GGCUCAAAGUUGAGACGGAUCACCACAAAGAACACGGAGUGGGCCUGCAGCGCCAUUUUCCGCCGAAGGUCGCUCAAGGCGGCAUGACGGGUGCGGCUGUGGUUGCGGUGGGCCGGCCAGUGAUUGUGUCACCAGAGACGCAGGUGGUGAAACUCGGUGAAUCACCGAAGGGAGUGGAUCUUGGAGAUGUGCCCUCGGCAGUAGAGGUGCAGGGCAAGGCGGCGCCUCCAGAGCAGCCUGUAGCAGCCAAGCCAGAGGUUCCUGCUGUGCAGCCGAUUGCAGAGGCUACUGCUAGGUCAGCCAGUUUCACAUGCAGUGUUGACAAAAACGGACAGCCGUUGGGUAUCCGUGUUGAGUACGUUCGCGACAAGUGCAUUGUCCUUGCUGUGACAAGUGGCCUGAUCCCAGCAUGGAACAACGCAAACCCCGACAAGGCUGUUCGCCCUGGGGAUUGCAUCUCUCAGGUUAACGGGGAAGCUGUAAGCGGAGCCCAGGCUGCAGACAAACUGGCUCAAAGCGCUGGCAAGGUGGAACUUCUCCUCGAAAGACCACAGGAGCUUCGGAUUCCUAUCCAGGUUGGCGAGGUGCUUGGAAUCAAGGUGUCAGAACUACUUGAGGGCUUCGGCGUGGAGGUGACGGAGGUGAAGCAAGAUGGCCAGAUUCCUUCUUUCAACAAGGACAAGCAACUGGCUGUGCGUCCAAGUGACCGGAUUGUUGCGGUGAACGGAAAGCAAGCAAGCUCUUCGGAACUUUUCGAGAUGGUCGCAGCUAGCAGCUGCCAGGAACUGUUGGUGUACACAUAUUCCUGAAGAGCGGGAGGCAGUGGCGUUUUGCGCAACUGAAACAGGUUUCGGCCCCUCAGCAACUGCUGAGCACUGGUUUUCAAUUGUGCCUGAACGGAUGUGGCAGACUGAGAUGGCAAAACGCCAUGCGAUUGCUACGCUGCUACACAUUUUUGAUUAACAUUUGCAGCUUGGGGCCCCGGCAAAUCCUGCACUGAUUGGUCCUUUGUGACCAUGUUAGGCGCAGUCAGAAGUUGGUUUGGCGAAGGGU